AUGGCUGAUGUGGCAUACAAAAGGAUAGAUGAGCAAACGAGGGAGACGUCUCUCCUUGGCAAAAGCGCUGCAACUGCCAACGGGACAGACUCGAUCAACAGCAUGGUUCGCAUCAUCGUCGUAUCGGAUACGCACGGCUUGCACGAAACCUUGAAAAUGCCCGCGGGGGAUGUGUUAGUCCAUUGCGGUGACAUGGCAGACCGAGGGAAUGUAGAGCAUGUUCGUAGCUGCAUUCGCUGGCUCAACUCGCUGCCCUACAAGGAGAUCUUUGUGGUUGACCAGUUGAUGUCAUGGUGGCCCAUCACCACCCCCAGCUGCCUAGCAAGGCUCUUCCAUCGGAUCUGGAGCCUGGGGCAUGGCAAGGCUCCGAAGCGCUCACCCGAGCCGUGCUGA